AUGAGCAAAGGUUUUGAAAAUCUAAUUAAUGUCUAACCAAAAAGAAUAGUUACACUUGAUGAAAUUACAUAAUAAGAAAUGCUAGGUAAAGGAUAGUUUGGAGUUGUUUAUAGAAUAUUAUAUUAAGGUUAGACAUAUGCAAUGAAACAAAUUGUUAAAUAAACAUUAAUUAGACAUGGUAAAAUAAAUUCAGCUGUUCUAGAACUCAAGAUCAUGUACUAAUUAGAUCAUGAAAACAUUAUGAAACUUAUAACUCAUUUUGAAGAUGAGAAUAAUGUUUAUUUAAUUUUAGAAUAUAUCGAUGGAUCUAAUUUAUAUGACAUUUUAAAAAGGGACACUCGCCUUUAAGAAACAUAUGCCAUACAUUAUUAUAGACAAAUAGUUUCUACUCUUAUUUAUUUACAUUCAAGACCUACACCAAUUUUGCAUAGAGAUAUUAAACCUGAAAAUAUUUUAAUAACAAAAAAUAAUGCAAUAAAAUUGGCUGAUUUUGGUUCUGCUAAUUCUUUAGCAAAAGAUGAAUUAAGAUUUACAUUCGAAGGUACAUAUCUAUUUAUGGCACCUGAAAUAUAUUUAAAUAAAGGAUAUACAUAAUGUGUUGAUAUAUGGAGUUUGGGUGUAUUGUUAUUUGAAAUAUUGGCUGGACAUUCUCCUUUUUUGAAUAAAGAAGAAGAGAAUUCCUUAAUGACUCAUGAGAAAUAGAGUGUAAUUAGGGAAAAUGUUUUAAAUGCUCGUAUUAGAUUUCCAGACACUUUUCCACCAUUAGCUAGAGAUUUAGUAAGAAAGAUCUUGAGAUUAGAACCACAAAGUAGAUUAAGAUUAGAAGAAGUUCUUAAACAUCCAUGGCUUUAAAAUGCUGAGGUUCUUGAAUAAUUGCCAAUAGUAACUAAAAAUCCAUUAGAGGAUCUUAUAUCAUCACAAAUAAUAAAAUUUUAUGAAUAAAGAAAAAAUAUUAAUCAUCAUUUAUUAAGAAUAAGUGAAUUAAAAAAAAGUAUUAAUGAAACUUAAAUCUAAAUAAUGAAAGGAGAAUUAGAGAAAUAAUAAUUGAGUGAAAAAUUAAAGGAAUUAUAAUAAGUUAAUGAUGAUUAAACUUAAUCUCCAAAUUUAAUAAGUCCAGAAAAGAUAGUAAAAAUAGAAGAAAAAUAUAAUAGAUUAAAGAAGGAAAUCAAUCAAUUAUAAAAAGAUAUAAUUUAGAAUGAAAUGUUUAUUCAUAAAAAUGAGAUGUAAUAAUAGAAACUUAAUCAUUAUAAAUCUAAAAUUGAUAAAUAAAAAGAAAUAAUUGAAAGAUUAGAAAGAGAAUUAAUAUUAUUAGAUUAAAAGAAGAAAUAAGAAUAAAUUAAUUAAGAUAAAGAAUUAUAAGAGUUUACUAAAUUAAAUAACAAUAGAAAUAUAGAAUAAUCUACAUCAAAUAAUUCUUAAUAUACAUCAUUAUUAAGGGAAACAAUCGAGAGAUUUAAGGAAUUUAUGAAUUUUUACAGAAAUAUAAAAUAAGAACCUGAAACUGAUUAUGAAUCAUAAGAAGAUUAAUAAUGGAAAAAAGAAUAUUAUGCAAUUAAAAAAUCUUUAUAAGAAGAAUUUAAAUAAGAAUAAAAUUUAUUAAUGAAAUUAGAAAAUGAAAAUCAAUAACUUAAAAUUAAAUUAGGAUAAAUAGAAGCAUAAGAAUAAUAAGUUUAAAAAGCUGAAUAAAUUGUUUCUAAUUUAAAAUAUGGAUGUGAUUUAAAAUAAGAUAGAAUUGAAGAAUUAAAAAAAUAAAAAUAAGAAUAUAUGUCUAAGAUAGAAUAUUGCAAUAGAUUUAUUGAAUAUAAUAAAAGUUCAUUAUGA